AUGUUCCUUGCCUUAUCUGCCCUUUCUCAACUUUUGACGAGGGGCAAGAAAGCGUGGUGGUGGUUGGGCAUGUUCUGCCCUCCUCCGAGGGAAUCGGGGCAUCCCUUGCAGGGUGCCUCGAAACGUGAGUUGCCCGCUGCGCGCUGCGCGCUCCCCUCCCCAUUCCAGGCCUGUCACUCUGCUACAUACUUCGGUGACGUCCAGCAUAUCCAGGCAUGGCUUUCACCAAAGGGCACGCCUUGA